CUGGUGUGGUGUUCCUAUGGCUGCAGUUCUGGUUGAGCUCGAGAAGUCCUUAACGCCGGAUGAAAACUCUGAGUUCCGGGGUCCCUGUCUCGGCUCCUGCUUCGUUCCGGUGCUGGAACCGGAGGUCAGUCUGUUGGUUUCGUUCUACCCUGGGCAUAUUGUUGUCUCAUCGACGGCGGCAGAGACUGUGGCGUCGUUCCGCACGCUGAAUAGAAUUGUAGCGUUUAACACGGUCCUCCCGGCAGGUCUGCAGACGCACUGGUUGGUUGUUCUCACGGAGAUCAACGAGUUGUACGUGUUGUCGCUGAGCGGCGGCAGCGGCGGCAGCGGAAAGACACUGGACCUCAUUGUGGUCCAGCAUUUCAAGCUUACAGACUCUCUCCUGCGGAACAAGGUGGCUGUUGACGACGCGGCCAGGAAGAAGGUGGUCGUGGCGCAGAAGUGUUUCAUCAGGGUGGACGAAACGGGCCGGUUCAUAGUCGUCCAUUCCUGCCGCCGGUUUGUGGUGGUGCUCGAGCUCAAGCCGUCGAAGAAGGAGCUGUUCCGCCUGGCGUCCAUUAACAAGAUCCCGCCGCACGUGCGGAAGAACCCCGAGUUGGCGGCGAUCGGCAAGUACAAGGUUUUCGGCACCCCGGAGGUGUAUGCGGUGGACGACGACAUGAUCAUUGACGUGGAGGUGCUGCACAGCAGGGACGCAAACGAUGACCCGGUGUGGUCGCUGGUGCUUCUAUUGCGAAAUAAGAGGUUGGACUACGAGUUGAGCUUUUACAAACUGUCCACGCGUCAGGGUGGCGGUUUGGAGUUGCAGACCCGACUUCCGGCCGGCGACACGUACCCGAACCUGAUUAUACCGAUGAACAAGUUCGUGAUGCUCAUCUACGACACAUACCACAUGAUUUACGGUUGUUCAGAUAUGUCCAUGGUCAAGGACUUCCAACCAGCAGUUGACGGAACCUCCGCUGUCGAACUUGACGGGGACCGAAGGUGCUUGAAACAAGACUUGUUUGUCGACAGCGGAAGGAACAGUUUCUUUAAGUCCUACGCUUUGCUGGACGACAAAACCAUCAUGCUGGUGACUGCUUCUUUGGAGUACUAUGUGGUCGAACUAGACUACGAGUACAUCCCUUAUGACACUUCUUCUUUGAGAACAAGAAGCAAGGUACUCAUCGAAGACAGCGGUAUGCAGAACACGCUCAUCUUUAGGAAAUGGGAUAUCAAAGAGGUCCAUGAUUUCAGCAGUCCUUUCCAGCCAGACGAGAUUUUCUUCUUCCCCGAGAAAGACUCGUUUCUGAUUGUCAGUAAACAUGGACAGAUAGCGUCUUUUUCACCUGGAGAUAUCAGCUCCCUGCCAACGAAAAUGCAACAUAGUUUGAGCUUGCCCAUCACAGAUUUGAAAAUAGACAACGACUCAAAUGUAAGUUUUACCAGUGGUGAUUUGCAACUGGCACGUUUUAAAUCUCCUCAUUUGGAGCUUUCUUCGGCGAAUGAAGUAAUGAAGGAUCAUAUCGUGAUAGAUCCCUUCACUAUUAUCUUAACCGAAGCAAUAGUGCAUGACAUGAGCUCCUCAUCGAGCCAUGAGACCAUAGAGAGACUCAAUGUCUACCGCCCUGAUGGCAGCUGCAUUGCAACCUAUGACAUGGAGGAAAAUGUCUCAGUAACAUGCAUGGUUCCACUGAACAAUGUUAAAACAUUUAAGUCCGACGACAACGAUUUUCACAGAAACGACAUUUUGGAGGUGGAAAGAUCUCUUGAAAAGUCAUUCCUUGUGCUCACUACGAGUGCUAAUGACUAUGAUUAUGAAAGUGACGACGAGUUUUUCCAGAGAAGAAGGACAGAGAUUUUAUUGAUGGUUAUUAACGCAGAAAAUGAUGAGUUGGAGUUGAAGACCAUUUCAGUCUUGAAAGCCAAAGUCGAUUGCGCAGAGCAAACCAAUAAAAUGGUAUUUACGUUGUGGGGGGUGGGCUGCAGCUUCAGACUCGGUCUACAGGUCUACAAGGACGAGGAGGAGGAAAGCAAGAAGUCGUCCUUGCAGGUGAAGAUAAUCAAGAUAGGUGAGAAGCUGAAUUUGCCCAUCAACACCGUUUCAAUGGUAAGGGAUUUGAAGAAGGGUUUGAAGUUGCUGGUCGAUCCGUUCUUCGGCGUGUAUUUGGCUAAACUUGAUAUUGACGACAAGUUAUUGAGCAUGCACGAGGUUUUCGAGUGGAACAUGAUUUCUGCUCUUGACGUGUACUCGGAAGAUAUGUUUGUUGCGGGCGAUCUUUUGGGCAACAUUUUCCUCCUCAACAUGGACUAUACGGGGAAGGAUAUUCCGAGCUGCGUGCUAUUCACGAGUUUUAAUUGCACACAUGGCGCAAUCGGGUGCAUAAGCUGCUAUCCUGAAUACGCAAAGCAGAGAAAAGACUCGCUGCUCAAAGUUUGUUCCGCUGGGACCUCUGACGGGGCCAUAGUCAGUAUCCAUGUCUGUGGAGAUACUCGGGAUACUGAGUUUGUGAAGGCUUUGAAAGCACAGAACACACGCAUUUUAAAGAAGAGUGGCAUCUACUUUGAGCAGGUUUCUCGGAACCUUGUUGUGCCGAAAGUGGACCUCCGAGCGGUUGAUCCUGUUGAGGCAUACCUGGAGUGCGAGCCGCUUAUGGAGGACCGGUUUAUCAAGGUGUCGCUGGCCUCCAACAACGAGCUGGAUGAGGCAAGGGGGGUGCCUGUUGUGUUUCUCUAGACAUUAGACUGUAGAAAAACUUUGUACCUUUAUCACCGAAAACAAAAAGUAAUAAUGGACGAGACCGGAG